CGGAAGACUACUCGACGCAGCCGGGACUUUGUGUGAGCGGAGCUGAAUGGAGGCAGCCUCUUCCUGGUGGAUAAACAGUGACAGCUACAGGGCAGCCACCUAGACCCACCACACAGGCUCUGGCGCUGCCCUGGCAAACAACACCAAAAUGGCUUCAGACAGUACACACAUCGCGCAGUUGACUUCUGAACUGUACUUCCUAAUAGCCCGAUUUCUAGAAGCUGGACCGUGUCAGAAAGCAGCCGAGACCCUGAUAAGGGAGGUGGAGGAGAAGGAGCUUCUACCCAAAAGGCUGGACUGGACAGGGCAGGAACACCCCGGGACAUACGAAAAUUUGGUGAAGCUAUACCGGCACAUCAGUGCAGACCACCUGCUGCAGGUCUGCUCCAGAGUUUGCCCGUUGCUGGAGAGGGAGGUCCCCGCCAGCGUGCCUGGACUCACCAGCCUGCUGGGGGCCGGCAGGCAGAAUCUCCUCCGCACCAGCAAGAGUUGCAAGCAUGUUGUGUGGAAGGGCUCAGCGCUGGCUGCGCUGCACUGUGGACGGCCACCGGAGCCUCCUGUUAUCUAUGGGAGCCCACCUAAUAUUGUCGAGACGAGCUUCGGCCGUCGACUGAACGGCUCCUACCGUCUCCGGCAGCUGGUGCCCACAGCUGUGUACCAGCACAUGAAGAUGCACAAGAGGAUCCUGGGACACCUGUCGUCCGUGUACUGCGUCACCUUCGACAGGACGGGACGACGCAUCUUCACGGGCUCGGACGACUGCCUCGUGAAGAUCUGGGGAACAGAUGAUGGCCGUCUGCUGGCGACGCUGCGCGGCCAUGCCGCUGAGAUUUCCGACAUGGCCGUCAGCUACGAGAACACCAUGAUCGCUGCCGGGUCCUGUGACAAGACUAUCAGAGUGUGGUGCUUACAGACCUGCGCCCCUUUGGCUGUCCUGGAGGGACAUGCAGCCUCUAUCACCUCACUGCAGUUUUCUCCUCUCUGUUGCGGCUCCAAGCGCUACCUGUCCUCCACCGGAGCUGACGGCACCAUCUGCUUCUGGCAGUGGGAUGCACGCACGCUCAAGUUUGGUCAGAGGCCCAGUAAAUUCACGGAGCGUUCCAGACCUGGUGUCCAGAUGAUCUGCUCCUCCUUCAGCGCAGGUGGUAUGUUCCUGGCCACAGGAAGCACGGAUCACAUCAUCAGGGUGUACUACUUCGGGUCAGGCCAACCAGAGAAGAUCUCCGAACUUGAGUCCCAUACAGACAAAGUUGACAGCAUCCAAUUUUCACAUUGCAGUGACAGGUUUGUAAGCGGCAGCAGGGAUGGUACAGCACGAAUCUGGCAGCUGCAGCCUCAGGGCUGGAGGAGCAUUCUGCUGGACAUGCAGACCAAAUUACCCGGGAAGUACAACCCUCCUCCGCUGGAAGACAAGGUGACCAAGCUGAAGGUUACCAUGGUGGCAUGGGAUCGCCAUGACAGCACAGUGAUCACAGCGGCUAACAAUCUGACGCUGAAGGUGUGGAACUCCACCACCGGCAACCUCGUCCACGUCCUGAUGGGUCAUGAGGAUGAGGUGUUUGUUCUGGAGCCACACCCCUUUGAUCCAAGAAUCCUUUUCUCAGCGGGGCAUGAUGGGAAUUGCGUUGUGUGGGACCUGGCCAGAGGAGUCAAGAUCCGCUCCUAUUUCAACAUGAUCGAGGGCCAAGGGCACGGGGCGUUGUUCGACUGCAAAUGUAGUCCAGAUGGGCAGCAUUUUGCAGCCACAGACUCGCAUGGACACCUGCUCAUCUUUGGCUUUGGCUCUAGCAGCAAAUAUGACAAGAUAGCGGACCAGAUGUUCUUCCAUACCGACUACCGCCCACUGAUCCGGGAUGCCAACAAUUAUGUACUGGAUGAGCAGACUCAGCAGGCGCCACACCUAAUGCCCCCUCCUUUCCUGGUGGAUGUGGACGGAAACCCCCACCCCCCUAGAUACCAGCGGCUGGUGCCUGGCAGGGAGGGCUGCAGGGAUGAGCAGCUGAUCCCGCAGAUGGGAGUCACUUCCUCAGGCCUGAACCAAGUGGUGAGUGAGCAGGCGGUGGACGGUUCCAGUCCUCUGGAUACUAUGAUUCAGAGGCUGCAGCAGGAACAGGACCAAAGACUGGGCGCGAAUGACGCCUCUGCUUCUGCUGCUGCAAACACCAGGGCCAGCAGAGGAUCGGUGGGUUCGCCCACAGAAGUGCACUCCCCGCCCAACGUGGGUCUGCGUCGCAGCGGGCAGAUCGAGGGUGUCCGCCAGAUGCACAGCAACGCCCCACGCAGCCAGAUGGCCACAGAGGGAGACCUGGUGGCCUGGAGCCGCAGGGUGCUGGUCCCUGAGCUGGAGGACGCCUCUGUCAGGAGACAGAUAAACUGGCGUGAGGCUAAAGGGGAGGAGGAGAUCAAUAUUUAUCAGUCAGAAAGGAGGAGACGUACCAUCCACUCGCUCCCCAAGGAGAGCAGGGUUCAUCCGACAUCAGAGUGUGUAGUUGACGAGGGGAGGAGGAGCCAGGGCAACCACGGCUAUCAGACUCGUGCUGCCAUGGAGGAGACGAGCCGGCAGAGCGCCGAGGCUGCCGAUGACGAUGAAAGCACCUCAGAGGGAGAGGUGGAGGUACGGCAAAUCAAUGGACAUUCCUCAGAGGAGGAGAAGGAAGAGGAGGAAAAGGAGCCCUGGCCAGAUGACCACAGUAGUUCAAGCGACUACUCCAGCGAUUACUCUGACUGGACAGCGGACGCAGGGAUCAACCUUGAACCGCCAAAGAAGAGUGUGAAAGUGAAAAAGAAAAGCAGCGGCUCUGAGGAAGAUGGAGAGAAGAAGAGAGAAGGCAAGAAAGAAAGGAAGAAAGAGAAAGCAGACAAAGACGACGCAUUACCAAAGAAGAAGAAGCCAAAGGAGAAGAGGAAGAGGACAGAGUUACAGGAGGAAGGGCUAACUCUGGAGGAGUGGCUUCCCUCUGCCUGGAUCACAGACACGGUCCCCCGCAGAUGUCCUUACAUACCACAGAUGGGAGACGAGCUAUACUACUUCAGACAGGGCCAUGAAGCCUAUGUGGAGAUGGCCAAACAAAAAAAGAUUUACAGCAUCAAUCCUAAGAAGCAGCCCUGGCACAAGAUGGAGCUACGGGAGCAAGAAUUGAUGAAGAUAGUUGGUAUCAAGUAUGAGGUCGGCCUGCCCACACUGUGCUGUCUGAAGCUUUCCUUCCUGGACCCUGACACUGGCAAACUGACUGGCGGAUCCUUCUCCAUGAAAUACCACGACAUGCCUGAUGUAAUCGACUUCCUGAUACUGCGGCAGCAGUUUGACAAUGCCAGGAAGAGACAGUGGAGUAUAGGUGACAGGUUUCGGUCAGUGAUUGACGAUGCCUGGUGGUUUGGGACCAUUGAGAGCCAGGAGCCCUACCAGCCUCAGUAUCCUGACAGCCUGUUUCAGUGCUACAAUGUCUGCUGGGAUAAUGGAGACACGGAGAAGAUGAGUCCUUGGGAUAUGGAACCCAUCCCUGAUGAUGCCACGUUCCCCGACGAGUUGGGCACGAGUGUCCCGCUGACGGACGAAGAACAGAAGGAGCUGCUGUACAUCCCGCUGGACGGGGAAUGGGGCUGCCGCACACGUGCAGAGGAGUGCGAACGCAUCAUCAAAGCCAUCGACCAGCUCUGCACGCUCGAUGUGGCAGCGCCAUUUGCCUUUCCCGUGGACCUACAAGCUUACCCCACAUACUGCACAGUAGUGGCCUACGUCACUGACCUCAGCACCAUACGCGAAAGGCUGGUGAACCGCUUCUACAGACGACUGUCCUCUCUGAUGUGGGAGGUUCGUUACAUUGAACACAACGCCCAAACAUUCAAUGAGCCUGGAUCAUUCAUUGUCACUACCGCCAAGUUUGUCUCUGACCUCAUGCUGCAAUUCAUUAAGGACCAAAGUCUGACAGACCUCAUGCCCCUCUACAAAACUAUGAAGAAGGCUACCUUCUCUGACUCUGAAGAUGAGGAUGAUGAGGAGGACGACGAAGAUACUAAUACUCCUGGUACAUCCACACGAAACCAUAAGGGUCGUCGACCCAUGCGGCGCCAACUGCGAACCCGACCUCCUUCAUACGACCCUCAUGCAUGGAGGGGGCGCUGUAAGGAGCUGCUGGAUCUCAUCUUUCAGUGUGAAGACUCAGAGCCCUUCAGAGAACCUGUGGACCUACAGGAAUACCCGGACUACCUGCAAAUAGUCGACUCACCAAUGGACUUUGGCACUGUUCUCAGCACGCUAACAGAAGGAAAGUACCAGUCUCCCAUUGAGCUCUGCAAAGAUAUCCGGCUCAUUUUCAGCAAUUCCAAAGCUUACACGCCCAGUAAGAAGUCUCGGAUCUACAGUAUGAGUCUGAGGCUCUCUGCACUGUUUGAGGAGCAUGUCAGCUCCAUCCUGGCCGACUACAAGGCCAUCCACGGCCUGACGGAUAAACUGACCAGACAGGGCACAGACAGACAGACACGACACACUACAGACAGACAGACACGGCACGCCAUGAAGAGGAGGAGGAGGAGGAGCGAAUCUCCAACCAGCAGCACUGCAUCCAGUCCGGAGAGGAAGAGACGUGUAUCAUCCAGGGUGACCGGGAAAAGGGAGCCAUCACCAGCUCCUUCACGACCCUCCUCUCUGAGACAGAGUGCCCCCCUCAAACUGCCCCCUCAGCUGGUGAACGGGAAGGCAGACACUCCGGCCGCAGGGCGUACACGAAGUGCAGCACGCCAUUCUACACACACUCCGCCCUCCUCAUCCUCCUCACAUAACACCGCAAGCAACACACAGAGCACAGCAGAGUCUACUCGCUCACUGAGGGCUCAUAACUCUGUGUCAGCGCCACCAGCUCCUGAAAAGGUGACACCCUCUCCAGCCGCGGAAAGUGGCGGUGGAGGAAGCACCCGAAGGAAACUCAGGACUCCUGUACGACACACACCUGGCUCUCCUGCCAGCCCUUCAUCUCUGAGCACAGUCCACCUGAAUGGCCACAGUAGUCAUGUGACCCUGGGUGUGGGGAAGAGGGGGCGGAAAUCCAGAGUGGACCCACCAGUGAGUCCUCCAGAAGUCACGACUCCGGGGAGCCCUUCCAGACCCAGAGGCCGCCCUCCUGGCAAGAAGAGAGGCAGGAAGAGCAAGCAGGAGCUGGAGGACAUGAGGAGGAGCGGCAACCGCAGGAGCUCCACCCCUAACGAUGAGCUUGACCAAUCGACAGGGGACGAAGGCGGGACGUCUUCCGCGCAGGAAACGUCUGUGCUGUCGGACUCUGGCAUGGCAUCGACGCCUAGACGGCGCGGGCGGCCCCGAGUGGUAAGAACUGAUGAAGCCACUCCUCCCGCCGAGUCACCUGAGCCCUCGCCACUGAGGAGGAGCAGCAGGAGAGCCAAUGAGGAGGUCACGCCUCCUCCCCAGACUGCUCCUCCACGAUCCAGUAGGAAGGAGUCUCCAAAGGAGGAGGCAGGGGAGGAGGCAGGAGGGUCGAUGCGCACGCGUAACCAGGGGCGACGGUCUGCCUGGUAUGUGGAGGAGGACUCUGAGGAGGAGCAGAGGCAGCUGCUGUUUGAGGACUCAUCAAUCACCUUUGGCACCUCCUCAAAGGGACGUGUACGCAAGCUGACAGAAAAGGCCAAAGCCAACCUGAUAGGCUGGUAACGGAGACAACAGAGCAGACACACAGGAUGUGAGGAGGAGGCUGCGUGCCCUGACAGAGAAGAAAUCUGGCUGAGAUUUCUUAUAGCUUAUGCGUUGGAGGAGAAGGGGGGGUCCGAGCUGAGAAAAUUGCUUGGUGUUGUAUGCAUUUGUGUGCGCGUGUGUGUGUGUGUGUGUGUGUGUACGUCUGGGGAGCUGCUAGUCCAGCUGCUGCUAUUCAAAGCUGUGGCUAUGGAGAGACACAACAGCGCAGUUAUCUGUCCACUCCUCCUUCCUCUUGGCCCAGUAAGCGCAUCGCUCCGCCAACCGAUGGCUUUCUGACAACGCAUGUUCAUUUGUUCCAACUCCUCCUACAUUAUUGGUCCAUGUUGGAUCCCACAGGAGCUCACUGACUCCUAUGCUGGGGGUCUUGUGACUCGCUCCUUUCCAGUGAACCACUCUUCACCUCUGUCUGACCUUAAACACUGUUGGUGUCAGACUGGGCAAAACAGUAGUUUUAGUACUUGAAAAAAAUCAUGAGGAGAGCUGGAUGUAUCUUAACUCACUCUUACUAUUUUUGAGGACUUUUCAAGUGUCUCUGACUUGAGGGUCUGUGACGGAUUAGAGACCACUGGCCUGAAGACGUCUUUCGCCCCCUUCUUCAUUGUUCCCGCUCUUCUUUUAUACAACCCCUUCUCUGCUUUUUCUAAAAUUUGUACGUGAUGAUCGGCUCUCUGUUUUGAAAGUCUUACACAUUGGCUGACCUGAGCGUGUCUGUCUGCGCUAAAAUACCAAAUGGUGUACCUUUGUUGGUACUGUAUAUCUGUAGGUUUUGUUUACUGUUGGUGUGUGUGUGGGGGUUUGUUUGUUUUGUUUUUGCAAGGGGUCAUUUAUAUGUUUAGACAGAUCAUGUUUCAAUGCGUCAACAUUAGCAAUACCUUGUGCCUUUAUGUCUUUGGUGUGUGUGUGUGCAUGUGUGUAUAAGUGAGCUUGGCCUCUGGCCUACAAAGUACAUGUGCCUGUAUGUGUACGGAUGUGUGUAAUUGAAGGAGUGUGUGUGUUUUUAUAACACAACUGAGUGCGUCAUUCACUUUCAGCGUACAAACAGUGGCAUACAGUUUGAUCGUUGUGAAACCUCUCAAAGAAAUGUAUUUAUAGCAGUUGAAAAAAGACUUUACUGUUGUUGUAAAACCAUUAUUCAUGUCAAUAUAUUAUCCUAUAACCAACCUAUCGUCAGUUUAUACCUAAGGUACAACCAGUGGAGCUUUGGGUGACUAGCUUUGAGAUGCACUUACCACAGAUCGGUUAUCAAUGCAGUCGGAGGGAGUAACCCUGUGUAUUUUAAAAUUGUUAACAUAUAAAAAUGAACUUUUUAAAUGUUGAGAUGUUUCUAUGGUGACCACACACACACUCACACACACACACAUACACACACAAGUCUGUCUCGCAUGUUCUAGCACUUUCUCAUGCCUGGAGCAAACAGGAUCGAGCCAGAUCAAACUGGAUCGGACUGAAUUUGGACGGAAAGCCGAGAGAGAGAGAGAGAGAGGGAGAGAGAGAGAGAGAGAGAGAGAGAAACAAGUCUUAUAUUCAUCUUUCUGAUUGUGUGCCUUCGCUACUCUGGCAUAUUGAAUCCUCGGUUUCUGCUUUUGGGGCCUUUUUUUCCCCCUUACUUAAUUUUUAAAAAUUUUUUGGGACUUCCUGGUUCUGCUCAUCACUGGGUUCAGAGAACUGUACUUCAGGGACUGGACUGGACCUGACAGGCUUGUACGGAGGGCUUACGAAAGAGAGAAAAGACUGAAAAAUGAACAAUGUGACUGGAGAAAAACACAUUAUGUCACUUUCUCUGUACACACAACUAAAUGGACUGAGUUUAUAAAGAUGACGGCCUCCACUUCUGAUAUAUAGCUGUUUUCACCCCAGCACAGAGCAACUAAAUGCCAAAAUCAGCCACUUGUUGUUGUGGGUUUGACUGGGGAGAACUGGACGGAAGCAUCUAUAUACACCCGGUUCGUUUCAUAGGUCUUUCUUGUCACAUAUUACUGAACAUAUAUCUCAUCUGUUUGUCAUUCGUUGUUUUUGGUUAUGGAUUUGUCAAUGCCAAAUUCUGUCUUUGGGCACUGAAGUUUUAGAACAUGGCUUUUGAAUGUGUUUAUUUUCUGAAGCAGUUUUACUGUCUCCACAGUGAGUGUGUUGAGCUCGCUUACAUAUAAUGUGUCACCUCUUUCCUGUCUGUGUCCCUGCCAUACAGGACAGUAUUUCAGUGGCUAGAUCUGUGGAGCUAGAAUGGUGUUUUAUACUCCUGGCACUUAUUUGAGGAUAUAAUUAACUUUUUUUUUUUCAGUCAGUCUGGCUUAUAUUUACUUCACAAGAUAUUUGUUUAUAUUGUGUAUAUGAAGAGUUUUAUUCCAGAUUGAGACAGCCUAAAACACUGACACCUUCCUUUCACAAAUGACUGUUGGCAUGAAAAUAAAUCUUAUUGUUGGGGUUUCUGUUAAAGAUAGGAAGCUGAUGAUCUUUACCCACAAAACUAUGUAUUUUGUGGGCAAAGAUAGACUCUUCAUAGGCACAUAAAGGUUUGGGAUUUUUUUCUAUCUCAAUCACACAUAAUCAUAUUUACAUAUAUGCACAGAUUAUCAUGAGUAGAGUGUGGAAACAACAUUAUAGACCCAGGCUUCUCAAACUUAAGGUAUGAGCUCACUUUUAAACACAAUGUUUACUUGAGCCAACUAAAAAACACAGUACUUGAGAAUCCCAAAUGUUUGCCGGAUUUUGCCGUGGAUGUACCCAUUUUGAAUCAGGAACGAUUGGUAGCUAACCUUUCCUUCAGCCUUCUACAAAGCAGCCACUGUGUAUCUCCAGUUAAUAAGGGCAUGGGCAGGGAUGUGUGUUAUUUUCCCUCUGAUUUCCCAUUGAAAUGCAGUCAAAGUGGGAAUGCAGUCGUCAUAUAAAAGUAGACAUCAAACGUGUUAAUUCUGUCAUCGCCCCCCUCUUCAUCAGACCCACACUACCUGCAUUUAUUACACCUGUCAAAGUAAAAGAGCUGAUUUCGUAUUGCUGGUCAGGUUAGCUUAACCAUGUUAAUAUUAAUGUACAACCUCUAAUCAUUUCAAAGGGGCCUUAAAAGCAAGUCGCUGCUUUAUAAGCAAGAAUCGGCGUGUUCAUUCACUUAUUUUGAACGCACAUCAGCCGCAUAUGUCCCCAGUGCUUCACAGUGUGGAUUUCAUUAGGUUUUUGGAUUUAGGUUAAUUUUUAUUGAGAAGUUUUGAAAUAUGACUAAGCACUUGAGAUCAGCUCUCUUACAAGGCCCGCACUGCAUUUUGGAACUCAUGUACACACACAUUUACCACGGGCCUGUGCUAAUGUGUGGAGUUGUGCUGUUUGUGGCCUCUGACCAGGCAUCACAGUGUUUGGUCAGAGGAUAAAGGUCACAGUGUGUGUGUGUUUGUGCGUGUGCGUGUGUGAAGUGGUUGCAUGUGAGCCACCAGGAAGCAUUUUUGGGACAUUUUAAGUUUUAAGAGGGGCUUGGGAUGGGAAAGAACAGAAUGGGAAGGGAAGGGGAAAGGGGUCUGUUUCAUGUGAACUGAUUGAAGAGGAUGUCUUUGUUAGUUUGGAUACUUUUUAUAUAUAAAGGCAUUAAUGCAAAAAAGAAGCAUAAGGCUAGAAUGUAUGUGUAGGGGCGUACUGCUGUCCUGUUAGUUCAUACCAAUAUUUUAAGUAAAAUAAACAGUUGUGUUUCCAUAUA